CUCAGAAUUGAUUACAAAGUCUCAUAUUUGACAAUUACUUGCAGGGAUUUUCCUUUCUCUACCUCAUUUUUAUCUUUGUCUGGGGCCAAAGAGGGUGUUUCACUGGGUCAGGAUGGACAUCCACUAAGAAGCUGCACCAUACAGCAAGUGGCUGCCUUGUUCCUGGAACAAGAACCUUCAUUGGCAAUUGCAAGCGUCUCAAACACCUGUACUUGACAAUCAGCUGCUUCAUAGAUUGAUUCCAGUCCCAGCAUGGCAUCUCUCGAGCUGGUGGAUAUCACCACCGCUUGCUCUCGUCGAGGCUAUCUUAACACUGUUGGUGUUGUGGUGGACGUUUUGCCACCUUGUCGCACCAAAGGAUCGUCGGUCUGUGUCACUUUUACUCUCAAAGAUUGUCAUUUCGAUCAACCAUCCUGGUAUGGAGGGCUUAAAGUCAAAUACUUCAACGACAGCAUGGACGCUCUUCCCAAUGCCCAGCUCAAUGAUGUAGUUUUACUACGGAAAAUCCGAAUCAACAUGUUCAAUGACAAGCCGACCGGGGUUGCUUCUCAGCAUGACCUUGUCCAGUGGGCAAUUUUCCGGUCAGAGCCAGAUCCCAGCUCUAGUCCGUCCAUUACAACGGGCCCGGUUCCUUUUCCACUCAAGUCACUUGAGAAGCAAGCAGCCUUGAUGCUUCUGGAUAAGACUGCGACGGGCACACCAGCCACUAUGGGACAGCCAGCCCGGCAAGAAGCUGUCCCACAGCAGCCUUCUCAGGUGGUUCAAGCGUCCAUGACGACUGCGAACAAGAAGAGCGGACUCCCACUUGAGCUAAUUCAAGAUGUCCAACCGGGACCUUUUGUCCAAAUACUCGGUCAAGUGGUCAAAACCAAGACCUACGAUAGCGAAAAAUGCAUCUUGUACCUCACCGAUUACACAUCAAAUGGUUCUUUGAUGGACAUCAAGAAGGAUGACGAAGACGAGAUAGGCACUGAAGGAGACACGUAUGACUACCUGUCUCGAAGAAUGAAAAAUUGGCCUGGUCCCUGGGGUAAGAUGACCAUACAAGUCACCUUAUGGGAACCGCACGCUACCUUCGCUCGGACGCAUGUUAAAGACGGUCAACUUGUGCUCCUGACAUACACUCGUAUCAAACACGGGUAUAACGGCGGCAUCGAGGCUGCUGUCCAUCAGGACAAACAAUUUUCGAACAAGAUCCACUUGCAAAUUAUAUCCAAUGACGAUCAUCGCGCUCGGGACCUCAUGGAGCGACGAAAAGAAUACUGGAGAAUCCACGGCAAGCCCAGCGAUGAUCCUAAGAAAGCUUCCAGAAAGAACAAGAAUGAGCAGAAGAAGAAAGAAGAAAAGAUUGAGGAAGGCCAAAAGCCGUUGUCCUUGCCCGCACCUGGAAAGAAUACCAACAAGCACAUCAAAACACGAUCCUACGAGGUCCCUCCCCGCUCUAUAGAUUACAUUCUAUCGGGCGCAUCACACAUCAAUUCAAUUCCCGGGGGAAUCACCUACCAACUCCCUUUUCAAAAUGUCUGCUACCGAACCACAGUCCGCGUGGUCGAUUUCUUCCCGCCGAAAUUGGAGGACUUCGCGGUGCAGGUACCCAUGGAGUCCAUCCUCGCGGGUGAUGAUAAUCACGCUCCGACUAGUACUCCACGCAUGGAAUGGGAAUGGCGAUUUUGCCUUUUGGUUGAGGGAACGGAGCCUUUGAGAUCAAAGAAUGAAGUCCGCGCGCAGAUGAAGCUUUUUGUUACAGGCGCGGAAGCCGUACAUCUAUUGAGCCUUGACCCUACCAAUCUCCGCCUCCAUUCGACUAGGUUAGGAGAGCUCAGAGAAAAAUUGUUCAUUCUCUGGGGUGACCUUGAAGAGCUCAAGCAGCAACAUGCCACAAUUACUGGUACCGAGGAGUACUGGGCACCAGCUAAGACAUCCUCGUUGCCUUUCAUGUGCUGCAUCAAAGAAUACGGUGUACCAUGUACUCAUCCCCUCGACCCCGAUGAUAUGGCACUGGAUGAGCCCGGUACGCCGGGUUGCACUAUCCCCGACUGCUUCGGGUGGGAAAGACGCUUCACCAUGUUUGGAACGACAAUCCACUCAUGACUAUCCAUUCCAGUACUCUUGCAUACAUGGGCGUAAUAGGAGGCGAGGUUUUAAACUGUAUAUUGGGCAAUUGCAACUAGCGUGGCAUCUUUCAUGAAAAGAUACAGUAGAGUUUCCAUAAUCAAUAUGUAUCGGAUUCUUGGCAUAAUAGUAAUACAGUUCCAAUUUGCACCAGUGCAUUAUGAGAUAAAUCAAUGCUCCAGUACCCAUAUGAACACCAGGAACGUCCUAACCUAAACCUCAUUCUGCAGGGAAUGUUUGAUUAUUCAACUUUCCCGAUACGCCGUUCCCCAAAACUCCAAAAAGGAAAGAAAACAAAACUGGAACUCUCAUCAACCUGGAGAGACGUUCGGCAGUUCUGUGGUAAAAACGCCCCUAGAAGGCGGAAAUAAAUCAAGAAAAGACGCCAUUGCACGUCACGAGAAAACCCCCACGCCCAAAUGAUAAUAUUUCCGGAUCAAGACAAUAGCUAAUAAUUGUUCUGUGUCACGAUCGUUCUGUAGGAACACGCAUGCAUAACCCACACUGUGAUUUGUAAGAUUGAACCCAUGCAUGCCCUUCCGAUCACAAGACAUUGGUGAGAACGUGUCCAAACAAGUGGCAUGUUGUACUUGCCACCGAGCAGUUGAACGGGCACCAAAAAAGAGUUCCUUGGGAAGAGAAUGAAGUAACGACCAUGCAACCACCACCUAAAUUUUGGUCACCUUAACGAUGUUGGUAUCAAUACCGUGAGCAACUGGUUCAAAUCGGCAGCUGUCACCACGGAAGCAGGUCUUUUUGCCAGGUUCGCUCUGGGGGCAGCGAUGACCAUAGAUACAUUCAGGAUCAUCACACUCCAGGCCAAAUCGGCAGGGAGUCAUGCGAGCGAUAGCAGUCAAGAUGUGAAGUUCUUGCUUAGUCAACUUGCGGUCAUGGUCGUGAUAGCAGUACUCUUCGUUGGGGCACUCGCCCAGCAGGAAGUGGUAGUUGCACAGCUUCAGCUUCUUCAGGCGAUUCAAAUCAUCCCGAGGAAUGCUCUUGAAGUCAAGUCGAUCCACACGUUGCCCGUACUUAUUGCGCUCCACCGUCUUCGGAGCCGUUGAGCCAGUUGGUUUAGGGCGAACCACUUGUUGGAAAUCAGGUGGAUUAUCAAUUGGAUUCGGAGUUGAAACAGAUAAAGCGACACCCGAGGCACUCGUAUUGGUGGAUGUCCGGGACAAGGCUGGAGGAUUUGACAAGUUCGAGAAUUGUCGAGAGGGAGAAGGUGUGAGCACAGAUCUCGUAGGCAAGGUACUCUUCCAAGGAGCGGCGGCCCACGCGGGCGCCAUUUUCGCAGAGCGAAAGACGUCUGGGAAUUUGGCGAUGCGAUAAGAACUUUUCACUGCAUCCAGCUCCCUCUCAAAUGUGACACCCUCUACAAGCGAGACGCGGCCGGUGAGGUCGUUGUCUUUUGACACGUCUUCGAGGAAGAGAGCAUAUUCAGUAUUGGAUGGGCAGCCGACGAAGAUCUGGUGGCAGUGGCAAUUGUAU